AUGCAACCAGCAGCCGUUUUUGUUGCGCUCCUGGCCUGUAGCGGCUUUGUUACUGCUGUAACCGCCGUGGAUCCUUCAGCCACAGUCAGUGGUCAAAACAGCCAAGACAGCGACUCCUCAACAACCAUUAUUAUUGCUGCCGCCAACGGAGGCGGCGGCUUUCUCCUGAUUCUUCUCGUGGUGGUUGCCAUUUGCCGUUGCCGCCGCAAGUCCAAGCCUCAGAAACUUGAACAAGCUCCAAAGGACCCAGCAUCCGACAUCCAAGUCGAAUUAAACACUGUCGUGACGUUACCAGCGCCCGCUGAUUCGACCGCCGUUGGCAUGACCGAGCGACAAACAGCACCAGCUGAGCAAGACAUUGAACCAGCAGCUGAGCGAGAAAUUGACGAAUGCCAUGCAAGCUACCGGCAGAAGCCCUCGACGAACCGAUAUUUACUCAAAGCCAAGCACCAUCAUCCCGCGCUCCAUGACAACAUCUGGUGCUUCACCUUAUGCUUCUUCGGGCCCGCGAGCACUCAGCAACAACAACAACAGCAGCAACAACAGCAACAACAACACUGGCACCCUGACUCGCUCAAGCACCAACCCAGAGCCACGCAUUUCGGUCAGUGGAUAUGCCGAUCCGUUUUCCUUCAAGCCUAA